CGUCAUCAUCUAGGAGGAGCAUCCGAGAACCAAAUUCCAGACCAGUCAAAAAACUAAGCCAACCCACGUGAACAACUUUUCCCCAAUUUUUUUUUUUUAUUCAAUAAAGUUUAUGGGUUACUUUACAGAUUGUUAAAGUCUGAUCAAAGUCACAAUUGUCAUCAGAUCCAAGGUCUCUAAAGUCUUCAACUACUCCCUCUAUAUAUAGACACAGAGGUGUAUAGCUAUAUGCGAAUUGGGUUUGUGUAGUUAUGGCGCAGAACAUACUUGUGACUGGUGGUGCUGGGUAUAUUGGAACCCACACGGUGCUUCAGUUGCUUUUGGGUGGCUACAAGGCGGUGGUGAUCGAUAAUCUUGACAACUCUUCCGCCGUCGCAAUCAAGCGGGUUCAGGAACUCGCUGGAAAGAAUGGCCCAAAUCUUACUUUCCAUAAGAUGGAUCUCCGAGAUAAGCCUGCACUUGAGAAGAUAUUUGCUUCCACAAAGUUUGAUGCUGUUAUCCAUUUUGCUGGAUUAAAAGCAGUGGGCGAAAGUGUGCAGAAACCCUUGAUGUAUUAUGACAACAACCUUAUUGGUACAAUCACUCUAUUGGAAGUCAUGGCUGCCCAUGGAUGCAAAAAUCUUGUGUUUUCAUCAUCAGCUACUGUUUAUGGUUGGCCGGAGGUGGUUCCAUGCACAGAGGAGUUUCCUCUCUCUGCAGUAAACCCAUAUGGACGAACCAAGCUCUUCAUUGAAGAAAUAUGCCGUGAUGUCCACCGGUCGGAUUCCGAAUGGAAAAUCAUAUUGCUGAGAUACUUCAACCCUGUUGGUGCACAUUCUAGUGGCUGUAUCGGUGAGGAUCCUCGUGGUAUUCCAAACAAUCUCAUGCCUUUCGUUCAACAAGUAGCUGUUGGAAGGCGACCUGCACUUACUGUAUUUGGAACCGACUACUCAACAAAGGAUGGUACAGGGGUACGUGACUACAUUCAUGUUGUGGAUUUAGCCGAUGGACAUAUUGCUGCACUGAACAAGUUAUCUGAUCCUUCAAUAGGUUGUGAAGUGUACAAUCUAGGAACUGGAAAAGGAACGUCAGUUUUGGAAAUGGUAGCAGCAUUUGAGAAGGCAUCUGGAAAGAAAAUUCCUCUGGUGUAUGCUGGGCGACGACCUGGUGAUGCUGAGAUUGUGUAUGCAUCGACAGAGAAAGCAGCACAUGAGUUGAACUGGAAGGCAAAAUAUGGCGUUGAAGAGAUGUGCCGUGAUCAGUGGAACUGGGCCAGCAAGAACCCUUAUGGCUAUGAUUCUCUGGACUCCACUGCUUGACUAAACACAAAGCUUGUGUGUAGUCUUAGGAAAAAAGAGGUUCAAGUUGAGGAUUUGCCUUUUGUAUAAUAUUGUCGCUUAAAAAGAGUUACCAAUUGCUGUGCCCGUUGUAAAGGGCUGGUAUUUGUGUAGUUGUCAUGACUCGAAUCAUCAAAUAAAAAUUAUUUGAACAGUAGCUUCCUCA